CAAUAUAGAGUAUUCAGUUAAAAAGGCUGCCAUUAAUAAUAAAAUCAUUGUACAGAUCAAGUUAAACGUUAUUUGGAUGGAUAAUAUCAUAUAAUUUAGGAUCAAGUGAGGAAUUUCUAACCAUAUAUCUUGAAUUAUACUUUUGAAGAAAGCAACAAGAACCGCAAAUACAAAACCAAAUUAACACCAUCUAUCUGAUACAUAACAAAUUGAUUCAAACAUCAUCGGCAUCAUCAUCAGCAGUACAUAGUUAUUAUGGAACCGGCAUCACGAUAUAUACUGGGUAAUGAUAUUCAUUUUGAUUAUGAGAAAUCAUCUGAAUCAAACGCAACAAAUACACCUCCCAAUGAAGUUGUAAAUAACGGUAAUAAGAAGAAGAAGAAGAAGAAGAGUAAGAGUAAAUCUAAGUUAUCUACAGCUAAUGUACAGGCCACCAUUAAUGAUCCGAAUGAAGAAUACCCAAAAUCAAGAGUGAUUAAACAGGGUCCCAAUGGUGAUGUAAUAGUUGAAAGUUUAGACGAUGAAUAUUCAGAAACCUCAUCUACACAUGGUGCUAACAAUCAGCAUUAUCAUAAUCAUCAGCCUGCAUCAGCCAAUAUAUGGAACAGUUCAAGUAUUGAAGAACAGGAGAGUUUGAAAUUGUUUUGGGAAACAUUAGAUGAAGAUCAAAAGAAGAAGUUGGUUAAGAUUGAUAAAGAAUCUAUCCUAGCUACUUUUAAGAGUGAAGCAAGAUCAUUGGCAAAUCAAUCAACUCAUGGUAAUAAUACCCAAUCAUCUAACAAUCCUACUAAUUCAUUGUCAACCGGUUUAUCUAACUCCAAUAAUAAUAUAAAUAAUUGUCCUUGUAAAUAUUGUGGUAGACGAAAUAAUAUUAUUGAAGAUGAAUUGGAAACUAUCUAUGACACCCACUUCGAUGAUAUCAUAUCUUUCAUCCAUGAAAUCAAAGAUAUUAAUGAUUUGAAUGCAUUACCAGGUCUUUUGUUUGGUGGUUUCCAUAUGCUUGAAGAAGAGCAUAAGCUACAGAAACGACAACAUCGAAUGAAACAAACCCAAAACCACCAACUUCAACAAGAACAUCAACAUCAACAUAACACCAUACAAGAAUCUAAUGUUAAAGUACAACCUAAAGUUGAACCUCAACUUCAACAACAGCAAAUAAUUCAUGAAAAGGUUGAAGAAAUACCCCGUCCAAAGAUAGAACCUAUAGUUGACAAGCAAAAGCUUCAAACUCAAACUCCUGAGCAUAUAAGACACGAAAUUGAGAAAUUUAUUGAAGAUGCUAAGAAGAAUCAAGCUGAAUUAACUAGUGAACAACAAAUAUUUCAUAAGCUUCUAGAUCCAAAAUUAUUCGAAGCUUUAGAAAGUCUUGAUUUUGAUAAAAUGAAACAAGCUUCAAAUUCAAUAAUCGAGAAUAAUAGCAAUAACAACAAUGGUAACAAUCUAAAUCAAAUACAGUUGUUAGAAAAAGCAGGAUCGUUGAGAGAAAUUAUUCGAGACUUACAUAAGACUGAUCAAGCUCAGUUAGAAAAGGGUAUGGCAUUUUUGCAAAAUAUGGGAAAAUUAUUUUCUAAUACAGCAAUUACUGCUAUUUCAUCACCUAAUGGCUCACUCGAUUCUGGAACUCAAAAGUUAUUGGCUAAUAAGUUUAGCGAUCAAUUAACUGAAGGUUUAUCUAAUUUUGCGGAAGAUUUGUUGAAAAACGAUGGCCAUUCAUUUAUUGAUAUGAUGGAAUCACUUUCUGAAUCCAAAGCUAUCAGAGAAGAUUUAUUGAAAGAUGAUAUUAAACCUGCUCCAAAUAGUAUUCAUAGUCAUAGUCAUAGUCAUAGUCAUAGCCAUAGUCAUAGCCAUAAGGAUAACACCGCUUGGAACGACGUCGAUGACGAAGAUUAUGAUGAUGAGUUUGACCUUGAAGAUGAAGAUGACGAUGAAGAAGAAGAUGACGAAGAUGAUGAAGAAUACGACGAUGAAGAUGGUGACGAACUUGAUGAAAGUGCAAGUGAUACUGAAAGUGAAAUUUCAGAAGAAGAAAAAAUGCAAGAAGCUCGUCGUUUGUUCUUGAUUCAAGUCAUUAAGUUAUUUCAAGAGAGGUUAAAGACUGCUUACAAGGAAAAAUUAUCUGAAGAUCGUACCCAGAAAUUGAUCGAAGAAUUAGAGGAGGAAGAAAAUUUAAAGAAAGAACGUAUCCUUAAGAAGUUAAAGCAAAAGGAAAAGGCUAAAGAAAAGAAGAAGCAACAGCAAUUGGCUAAAGAAGAAGAGCGUAAGAAGAAAGAAGAAGAAGAAAAGGCAAAGGAAGAAGAAUUAAAAGAGAAAAAGGAUAAAUUAAAGGCUGAACAGAUGAAGAAAAAGGAAGAAUUGAAACUUAAACGUGAAGAAGAAAAACGAAAGAAAGCUGAAGAAAAAUUGAGAAAGGAAGAAGAACAUAGGAAAAAGGUAGAGGCCCAGCAGAAGAAAGAAGAAGAGGCUAAGAAAUUGAAAGAGGAAAGAAAGAAGAAAAUGGAAGAAGAACGUAUCAUGAGAGAACUAGAAAAGAAACAGAAGGAGGAUAAGAAAAAGGAGGAAAUACUUUUGAAACGGAAGGAAGAACAAGAAAGAAUAGAACAAGAAUCUCGGGAAAAGGAACAACAAGAAUUAUUGAUCAAACAGCAAGAAGAAGAGCAACAAAGAUUAAUGUCAGAGGAAGAAGAAAGAGUAAGACAAGCUAAUCUCAUUACUGCAACAACAGCAACUACUUCACCAAUUCGAAAUCCAUUAUUAGAGCAAUUAUACCAUGCUAAUGGAAUAGAUCCUUCUACCUUUCUUAAAACACAGUCACCUUCUCCAGUUAGUUUAUUACCUAACACCACCUCCAAUUUAUUAAUGAAUCCUAAUACAUCACCUAUCACUCGUAAUAGUUUCUUAUAUUCAUCUGCAACAACUGUCGGUGGUCCACUUGCUACGCAGCCUCAAAUUGGUAAUGUAAAUAACAUUAAUUUGAAUGGUAAUAAUGGCUCUGGUCUUGGAUCUAGUGCUCCAUCUCCUUGGGGAAGUAAAUCUAGACUCAAUUCAACCACUAACAUCAGUAAUAUAGGUAAUGUUGGUGGUAGUAUUGUUGGACAACAAUUUUCAAAUACAAAUCAGUUUGGUGCUGCUAACACUUUUAGUCCGUUCAAUGAUUUUGCUAUCCCUGCAGGCGUAGAGAAUCUUAAUAUAAAUGGUCCUCAGGUGAUUAAUAAUUCAGUUAAUACUGCUACAAAUACAGCAGCAGUUAAUAAGAAUUGGGUUAGUCCUACUACCACUAAUAGUUUAUUAACUGGUCAUUUAUCUGGUUCUAUACCAACAAAUGUUGGGGUUUCGAUUCCAAGCAAUAACAGUAGUUCAGCUACUUCCAGAAAUAAUUCGAUUUGGAAUCCAUUAAAUAAUAGUGUCAAUGGUCCUACAAACACCACUACUACUACUACGAAUGGCUUUUGGGGUAAUACUCCUUCAAUGUUGAGUAAUAAUGGAGCUACGACUAUACCUACUACUUCUAUUCCUGCUACAAAUACUAUUUUUGAUAAUGAAUUGAUUCAGAAGUUGGCAUUUGAAAACUUUCAACUAUUAAAAACUACCAAUAAAUUAGAAUUUGGAUUUGCUUCCAUUAAUGAUAUUUAUUUGAAUGUUAAAAGUUUGUUGAUUAAUAGUACAACUUUAUCUAUUAGUCAAUUUUUGAAUGCUUUACAUGCGAAUAAUAUUGUUAAUAGAAAUUAUCAAUUUGAUUUUGUUCGAGAUGAUUUUGGAAAUGUAACUCAUGUUCAAGUGAAACCGUUGCCAUCUCCACCAUUGAAUCAAAUGUCAACUACUAGUCCACCGCCAGGAUUAACAAAUGGUGUUAGAAAUAGUUUUCAAUUGCCCGGUUUCAAUCAAAUUAAUAAUCCAACUAACAUGACCAUGAAUCCAUAUGGUUCUGAUUGGGGUACUGGUAAUGGAACAGGAAAUGGAAAUAUCAAUCCUACCAAUAAUACUGGUAAUCUUAAUGGUGUUAAUUCUCAGACUCAGACUAGUCGUGGUUUCUGGAACUAAUGAAUUCUCUUCUUCUUUGCUAUUACAUCUCUUUUUUAUAUUG